AGCGCGAGCUGAAAGGGUGCCGAGAAGCAAACGAACAGAGUGGGUUUCGCGUACCUCUGGACGAGGGGAAGUAGAUGGCCGCUACCACGUACAUGCCGAUUGGUAGCGCAGUGUCGACCGACCUGGAUGUUGGUUCGGGAAACGCGAUCGGGAUGAACAUCGCCGUGGGUGGCUACUCCUCGAGCUCGCCUCGCAGCGCCGCCGACGCCGGGGAGAUGAAGUACAUGCCGGCGCCGCAACAUCAUCACCAUCAUCAUCAUCAUCACCAGGUGUCGUCGUCGCCGUCCCCGAAUGGGUUGUCGCAUCCGACGGCGAGCCUCUCGUCGGCGAAUCCCUGGGUGAGCCUGCAACCUAGCAGCGACCACUGGGCGUCCUCGAUGGGUAUGCACCAUCAUCCGCACCAUCAUCCGCACCAGGGGAACACAGCCGGUUUGGAUGUGAAACCGUUGACAGCGGCGGCGGCGACCGCCGCUGCGGCCGCGGCCGCGGCAAACGACCAGUCGAUGCACGCACAUCGCGGCGGUCCUCAUCAAUCGCCGGGAAUGGCCUCGCCGCAUCCUUGGCACGCGCCUGUCGUACCGUCGGCCCAUUACAAUCAGAGCGGUGGAGCGGCCUCGCCCACCACCCUUCAACAGUAUCAUGCCGCGAUGAACGGUAUGCUACACCCGCACCCGCAUCAACAUCAUCCUCAGCUGCACAAUCACCAGACCGGACUCCAUCCGAACCUAAGGGAUCCGGGCUCGCCGGUCGGUCACGCGUUGCACCCGGGUCACGCGCACGACCGGGACCACAGCGCCGGCGAGGACGAGACGCCGACCUCGGACGACCUCGAGGCGUUCGCGAAACAGUUCAAGCAACGUCGUAUCAAGCUCGGUUUUACCCAGGCGGACGUCGGUCUAGCGCUCGGUACACUCUACGGUAACGUUUUCUCGCAGACGACGAUAUGCAGGUUCGAGGCUCUUCAGCUGAGCUUCAAGAACAUGUGCAAGCUGAAGCCGCUGCUGCAGAAGUGGUUAGAGGAGGCGGACUCGACGACCGGCUCGCCGACGAGCAUCGACAAGAUCGCCGCCCAGGGAAGGAAACGGAAGAAGCGCACCUCGAUCGAGGUGUCCGUGAAAGGCGCCCUCGAGCAACACUUUCACAAACAGCCGAAACCAUCCGCCCAGGAGAUCACCUCGCUGGCGGACAGUCUGCAGCUCGAGAAAGAGGUGGUCAGGGUGUGGUUCUGCAACCGACGGCAAAAGGAGAAGAGGAUGACGCCGCCGAACACGCUCGGCGACGGUAUCAUGGAGGGAAUGCCGCCGGGACACCAGGGACAACCGGGUCUUCAUCAGGGUUACCAUCCGCAAGAUCACCUUCAUGGAUCGCCUAUGGGACACAGCCAUAGUCCGCCGAUGCUCAGUCCUCAGGGUCUCACGGCCCACUCGUUGGCGGCUCACUAGCGUUCGCCCGGGCCUCCCCCGUUGGGCCUCUCGAUAACCUCACAAAAC